CGGGCGGUAGGCGCCGGCCCCAAACAAAAGGCCGGCGGGCGGAGCGGGCCUGCCGCGGCCCUGCGGCGGGCGAGGACCGGCGGGUGCCGCCCUCCUGUCCGCGCUGGAGCCCAAGUCCCGCGGCGUCGCUGUUCGCCAUCGAGGGAGGAGGGAGGAGGCCGCGGCCCUGCGCGAAACACUGGGCCCGGCGGAGAGGGGAGGGCGGCGGGCCGGGUCUCGGCUGCUGUCCGCCCGCUGUCAGCGGCCGAGCCUCGCAGCCGGAGGGGGAGCGAGGGAUGUCGGCGAGCACAACAGGAAGAGCGUGAGGAGCUGCGAGCGGUGCCGCCAGGAUGGCUGGCUGUGGUGAAAUAGAUCAUUCAAUCAACAUGCUUCCCACAAACAGGAAGACUAAUGAGUCUUGUGCUAAUGCUGCACCUUCCCUGACAGUCCCUGAAUGUGCUAUCUGUCUGCAAACGUGUGUCCAUCCAGUAAGUCUGCCUUGUAAACACGUGUUCUGCUAUCUGUGUGUCAAGGGAGCUUCUUGGCUUGGGAAACGUUGUGCGCUCUGCCGGCAGGAGAUCCCAGAGGAUUUUCUAGACAAGCCAACCCUAUUAUCACCAGAAGAACUCAAAGCAGCAAGCAGAGGCAAUGGAGAAUACGCUUGGUACUAUGAAGGGAGAAAUGGUUGGUGGCAGUAUGAUGAACGUACCAGCAGAGAGCUGGAAGAUGCCUUUUCCAAGGGUAAAAAGAGCACUGAAAUGCUAAUUGCUGGGUUUUUAUACGUAGCAGAUCUUGAAAACAUGGUUCAGUAUAGGAGAAAUGAGCACGGACGGCGCAGGAAAAUAAAACGGGACAUAAUAGAUAUACCAAAGAAGGGAGUGGCUGGGCUUAGGUUGGACUGUGACACCAACAGUGUCAACCUGGCACGAGAGAGCUCUGCUGAUGGUGCGGACAGCACACUGACUGGGGGCGCUGCAGCUGUACAGCCUCUGGUGCCUGUUUCUCCUAGGCCCCUGCCAUCACUGGAUGGUCAGCUCGUGAGUCCUUCGACACCCUCUCCGGAUGCAAGCACUUCUCUGGAGAACUCUUUUGCCCACUUACAAAUAAACGGAGACAGUAUGGCCGAAAGGAGUCAUAGGGGAGAGGGAGAGGAGGACCACGAAUCAUCAUCUUCCGGUAGGGUGCCAGCCCCUGACACCUCUGUGGAGGAGACUGAAUCGGAUGCUAGCAGCGAUAGCGAGGAUGUGUCUGCUCCUCUCCAGCAACACCCAUCCUCUGCCCAGCAGAGACACUUGAAUGCAAACACAAACCAGUCUGGAGAAGAUAGACCAGUGGCAGGGGGAGGGGUGGCAAACGCAAGUGUAAGAUCUAGGAGACCAGAUGGACAGUGCACAGUCACUGAAGUGUAAAUCUGGAGCCAUGCGAUUGAAAAACUCAGUCUCCUAUCUGUAAAUUUUCUGUCCACGUUGGCAUUGCACUCAGACCUAGCAGUGUGUUUGGUGGGAGGGUGGGGUGAAGGGAAGAAACAGAUUUGGUCUAACUUACUUAAGUCUUUUAACAUGUCUUAGCUGGAAGACUAACUGUAAGAAACUGGGUUGUCCUGUUAAUGGUUUGAAAGCUGCUUAGCAAUACCCGGUUUUCUUGAAAACGUCUCGUGUUUAUUUUGUAGCAUUCUCCCCAUGAAGAUACUCUAUCCCUUUCUGGCCGAUGUAUAUCUACUGUACAACCUGAAUUGUCUUCAUUAUCUGAUUGUCGCAUUAAGUGUCUUACUACUUUCUGCAUGGAUUGAUGUAUGAACACUAAAGCAAUGUGGGAGCAGACAAGAUGUUGGGUGUGAGCGGGAUGCUUAAUUUAAUGUGAGAAAAAUAGAUGUGUGGAGUUAAAAUGUGCGUUUCCUAGACAAAGAGCAAGCAUUUACCUUCCUUCCAUGGCAAUGUAAAAAUGCUGUUAACUUUUGUUGCAAAUUCUUACCUAUACGCUUCAUGGCAUUUUAAUUGGCUUUGCCAUCUUGUCCCUGUAGUUCUGUUUUUGAGGUCUUUCUUGAUCUGUCUCGUUUUUGUUACGGAAUUUAUAAUUUAAUAAAACUACAUUUUAUCAGUAACCAUCUUA